AUUACGUCAAAAUCCGGCGACGCACGACCGGCGAUUUCAGAAACAAACGUGACUUUUGACAGCUGUGGAUUAUUAUCGGUGGAUAACGUUGUGUUUAUUCAUUAUCGCAGGGGAAAAGUUGACGUUUCUAAGCCGACAUGACGACCUCCAUGCCGCAGAAGAAGUUUUACAGACAGCGAGCUCACUCCAACCCCAUGGCGCACCACGAGUUCGACUAUCCGGUGUGCCCAGAGGAGAUGGACUGGGCUGAGCUGUAUCCACACUUCUUCAAAGAGAACGCUUCAGAUUCAGAGAAGACUCCAAAGGUGGAGUUUGCAGAUAUCGGCUGUGGAUACGGAGGACUUUUAGUGGAGUUGUCCACGCUGUUCCCAGAUCAGCUGAUGUUGGGGAUGGAGAUCAGAGUCAAAGUGUCCGAUUAUGUCCGAGAUCGGAUCAAGGCUCUUCGAGAAGCUGAGCCCGGAAAGUACCAGAACAUUGCCUGUAUCCGCGGCAACGCCAUGAAGUACCUGCCCAACUUCUUCACCAAAGGACAGCUCAGCAAGAUGUUUUUCCUGUUUCCGGAUCCACAUUUUAAGAAGAACAAGCACAAAUGGAGAAUCAUCAGCCCCACUCUGUUGGCUGAAUACGCGUACACUUUGAGAAUUGGGGGGCUGGUUUACACGAACACAGACGUGGAGGAGGUGCAUCUCUGGAUGGUCAAACAUUUCACCGAACACCCGCUGUUCACCAGAGUCUCAGAGGAGGACCUGGCUGAUGACAUCAUCGUGGGUCGCCUGGGCACCUGUACAGAGGAGGGCAAGAAGGUGCUGAGAAACGGAGGAAAAAACUACCUCGCCGUUUUCAGACGAGUCCAGGAUCCAAACCAGGAUCUAAACUAAGGAUUCUUAAGUUCUGUACCACUGACAUGUUGUAUUAUAAUGUAAAAUCAUGUGUACAUAUUUUCUAUAUUUCCACUUUUUUAUUCACAAUAUUUGCUGCUUUAUGAGCAAAUAGUUUGCUUAAAUCUUAAGAGUAAUAGUUUUUGUUAAAUAUAAAAAGCCUAUCCAAAAAUAAAACGCAACAAAAUAAAGUGGGUUUGAAAUCCUCUCAAAA